AUGUCAGUGGCCUGCGAUCCGCCCCUGAUGGCUGGCAAUGUGUUCAAGCACGUUGCAUCAUGCUUUCAGGUAAUGUGGCUGGUGGUCUUAGCACCAAACGCUGGUGCACUGGAUGCCAAUGAUGUCCGCGCAGGGCCCCAGGACCUUGACGUAAACUAUGUCGCCGAGAUGCUGGACAAGCUGCAGGUCUUUAUCAAGAAGCAGAGCUAUGUCACACACGAGCACUUCAACAGCGAGUUGAAAAGACUCCGGGGAACGAUGGCAACUUUGGGCGACGCACCAGAUUCGAAGAUCCUGCAGAGAGCGGUGCAGAGCACUGAGAUGGAAAGGAUGGAGGCAGAGGCAGCUGCUUUGGAAGCGAUGCAGUACUACCACACUGUCCGAGCAGCAUCGGGCUCGACAGGUGGUGCACCGAGCUGUGAUUUUUUGACUUGUGGGCACCAUGCAGUAUGCAAGUCCGAGCAAGACAGGGCAUUCUGCGAAUGCGUUCCGUGCUUCAGCGGCGAUGGCUUUACAUGCCGGCCUUCCAAAUGUCUCGCAGAAACGGUCUAUUCUCCACAGCUUGUUGCACCAUAUUCUGCAAGCGGCACGAAACCGGACCCGAUGAUGGCACGUGAUCUCAGUUUGUCGUUAAUCGGUCGAAACGGUUUGGUGGUAGCCGUGCGAGAUGAGCAGCGUGGAAACGGUGGCUUCCUGAGCAUUGGGCGCAUGAAGAACAAUGAGAUCCUCUGGGGAGACUGGCAGCUCUUCUCUGGAGAGUCCCAAGCCUUCGAUUUGACUCUCGUUGGAAUGGGCGAGCGCUUGCUCAUUGCGUACAGAGAUUCAGAGAAGACAGGUACAGGCUAUUUGGUCAGUGGGCAACUGGACAGCACGGACCUCACUGGCUUCAAAGUACAGAUGGGACAGCCAUACCUGUUGCACAAGAGCUUGCAACAGCGGGUUGCUUUGGUGGCAUUGUCAGCGUCUCGCGCUGUGUGCCUUCACGCUGCUGCCGAGAAGAAAGCAGGAAAUGCAUACCUGGUACAAGCACAUGCUGGUGGAAUUAGUCUGCUCGGCAAAUAUCAUUUCGGAGGCGAGGCGCCGAUCUCUCACAUUGCGACAACGAAGCUGAGCGAGGAUUCCUUCGUGGUCGCUUAUCGUCAGCAGCCCCCAGACAGUCGCGAGAUUGGUCUCACAUCAAAGGAGCUGUCUGCCACUUGGAUGGGAAUAUCCGAUGAUGACUUUCUCAUUGUCAGCCCGCACCAGUUCACACUGGAGCCAGAUCGUCCGGACAUGCACCACCGAGACGUUGCAUUGGUCUCUCAGAAUUUGUUCGCCUACUCUUACUAUUCCGGGUCAGAGAGGAAGACCAAGAUGUCGCUGGUCCAUGUUGAUCCGGUAUCGCAUUUAAUGAAAGCAGUUGGUGAUCCUGUUGUCCUCAGCACUGGCUACAACUCCUUAGUCGGAGCCGUGUCACUACCUGCGGGAUCGGCGACCCCGAGUACGUUCACCUACAUACAGCCUGCUGGCGCCCAGAGCAUUGCAAAGGUCUGUGGUGUGAGCUCGGAGGGCCGGAUAUCUGCUUGCAAGGAUGUGAGCUGGGCAGAGGCGGAGGUGGAGACCGCUACUAGCAUCAAGCUGCCAGAUGGUCGCUUGCUCUUUGCUUUUCAAAAAGAAGGGACUGUGCAGACUCGGUUCGUAUCGGCGGAAGAAGCAUCUGCCCAGGCACCCGCCCGACCGGGCGAUUGCCUGAGGGGGGAGCACUUCGGGGGUGCGCACCCCCGCCUGACACAGCGGCAGCUGGAGUCCGCCAUCUUGAGGCAAUGCGCCGCCGGCCGAGAUAGGCUGGAUCGAAGGAUGGCGAAGGGUGUGCAGAUCAUCUCGGUGCUGCCCUCCAGCGAGGGCUUCCCAAAAAAAUGGUUCAGACGCGAGGGCAGGCGAAUGACGAUACGAGGUGCAGCAGAAUGGUACAUACCACCAAAAGCAGAUGGAACACGCAGAAUGCUUUUCCUUCAUGGUGGCAGCUAUGUCGUUUAUGCUCCGCAGGAUGCGGUGUAUCGCUCGCUGGCAUCCCGAUUAGCCUCUCGCUGUGGCUUGUGCGUGCUGUCCAUUGACUACCGACUCGCGCCAGAGCACCUCUUUCCGGCGGCUUUUGAGGAUGCAUCUGCUGCAUUGAAGUGGAUACAGCAGCAUGGACCACCCGAAGACGGAGGUGGCACAAGUACGAAGAAGCUUGCCAAGGAUGUUUUUGUUUGUGGAGACAGUGCUGGAGGAGGUUUGGCAUUGGCAGCCUGCCUCUCUCAGUCUGCUGCCGUUCGCAGAAGCAUUCGAGGAGUUCUGGGGUUGUCUGCAUGGGCUGACUUGACUGCAUCAACACCCAGCUACGAUUCUCGCCAGUGGUGCUCCGACACGCUUUCAGGUGAUGCCGUCAAUGCUGGUGUUGAUCGUAUCAGUGGGAGGGAGGAAGCGGAGGGAUAUUUGGGACGCGGCGGUGUGGAGCUUCACGGUCGCGACUGGCGUGCUAGCCCGUUCUUCGCAUCGCCUCAGCGCCUGCGGUCCUUACCAUCCGUCUUGCUGCAGGUGGGAGAUUUCGAGCUGAUUCUGGACGAAUCCGUCCUUCUUCAGCAGCGCCUACGAAAGCUCGGUCAUCCAGACGCAGAGGUCGCAGUUUACCCCCGAAUGUGGCACUGCUGGCAUCAGUACGAGGAGGGAAGUGGCCUGGGACAGCCGUUGCUCCAAGCUCGCAAAGCCCUUCGCGACCUCGCAAGCUGGGUUCGUGUUCGCAAAUCUUGA